AUAGACAUCCCAAAAUAAAGGCAUGAGUGACACCAUGUUGUCUGUCUCCAGUGCUCUGACUAAAGCUACAGACACAAUGGCAGACGCUCUGGCGAAAAUCCCCGUUGUUGAGAUCGAUCCAGAGGGAACCUUUAAGUACAUUCUGCUUAGAGUGAAAGUGAAAGAUGGCGAAGUGCACAAAGACAUAGUCCGGGGCACAAAAAGUGCAGAGUAUCACAAUCAUAUAUUUGAGAAGGUCAAUCCAGCUAUGGAGGCCUUGGGGAUGGAGUGUAAAUGCCUCGGAGGAGGGAAGAUAGAGCACAACAGCAAAGAGAAAAAACUGAAGGUGUUUGGAGAAUCAACUGCGUUUGGUAAAGCAGACCAUUCUGUGUCUGUAGAGAAGUUGAAGAGUGCCUACAGCGACUAUGAGAUCACCUGGUCCGAUGACAAAAAGUGAACCUACAUCUCAUUUUAAAUGUCUAACUUUAUUUAUUAGUUUCAAAACAACCCACCGUUUUUCAAUUCAAGUACACCAUUUUGCAUUAUCUGUUUUCUUCUGAUUCUGUGAAAGCACAAAAAAAUCAUAUUAUGAAAUGUACACACCAAAAAUAUGCUGGAUUUUGUUUAAACUCUGCAAAUAUCUUUUUCCUUUUAUAAAUCGAAUGAUUCAUCUCUA